CCUUUCCCACGCCUGGAUUUGGCUGCUUGCUGGGCCGCUCGCCUCCGCAUCCGUCGCUUGUCUGCACUGAUCUGCCUCUCCCCCGCACCGACCACCACCCAAGCGACCGCACACAUGGCAUCGGAAGACUCCGGAUGGGGCAAGGCCCCCACUGCUGCCUCGAGCUGGUCGGCUCCGCCCGAGCUGACCCCGAUUGAUCCCGCUAAGCAAAACGCCGCCGUCGAGCAGCUUGCAAACAAGGUUGAAGAGCUCUCCACAACCGCCUCGGCCGAAGACGAGCCCGAAGUCCCGAGCCGCCCCAAGCACAGUGGCCUGGUCGAGGACAGUGGCGAGCAUCAGGUCGAGGUCAGCCUGGCGGACGGAGACCAGAGCGUUCUCUACACCGCCGUGUCGUCGUUUGAGGAUCUUGGACUCAACCCCAACCUCCUCAAGGGCAUCUACGGAAUGGGCUUCCAGAAGCCAUCGAGGAUCCAGGAGAAGGCUCUUCCGCUCCUGCUCUCGAAUCCCCCCAAGAACAUGAUUGGGCAGUCGCAGUCAGGAACCGGCAAAACCGCGGCGUUUGUCCUCUCGAUGCUCUCGCGGGUCAACUUUGACCUCAAAAGCCCGCAAGCCAUCUGUCUUGCGCCUGCCCGCGAGCUGGCCGGCCAGAUCAUGGACAACCUGACGCAAAUGGGCAAGUUCACGGGCGUCACCACUGCGUACGCCGUCAAGGACUCGAUCCCCAAGGGCCAGAAGGUCGACGCCCAGAUCGUCGUCGGUACGCCCGGCACUCUCCUCGACCUCAUCCAGAAGCGCAUGGUCGACCUCAAGAACGUCAAGAUCUUUGUUCUCGACGAGGCAGACAACAUGCUUGACGGACAGGGACUCCAGGAGCAAAGUCUGAAGGCCAAAAACUUUGUCGUCCGUGCCUCGCCCUCGUGUCAAAUUGUGCUCUUCUCCGCUACCUUCAACGAUCAAAUCCGGUCCUUUGCCAACCGGUUCGCCCCCAACGCCAACUCAAUCUCGCUGAAACGCGAGGAGCUCUCGGUCGACGGCAUCAAGCAGUUCUACAUGGACUGCAAAAACGAAAACCACAAGGCCGAGGUGUUGUGCGCCAUUUACGGUCUGCUUACCAUCGGACAGAGCAUCAUCUUUGUCAACCGCCGCGAUGUUGCCGAGCGCCUCGAGCGGAUGAUGGUUUCCCAGGGACACACCGUCACCUGUCUCCACGGACAGCACAUGCCCCAGGAGCGUGACCGUAUUAUGGACGACUUCCGCUCGGGCAAGUGCAAGGUCCUGAUCACAACCAACGUGAUUGCCCGCGGCAUCGACAUUCUGCAGGUCAAUCUCGUCAUCAACUACGAUAUUCCCCUGCUGGGCACAAGUCCCCAGCCCGACUUUGAAACCUACCUCCACCGCAUCGGCAGAACAGGCCGCUUUGGCCGCACGGGCGUGAGCAUCAACUUUUGUCACGACCAAAAGAGCUACGAUCAGAUGAUGAAGAUCUCGAACCACUUUGGUCGGGAGAUCACCCGAGUCCCGACCGACGACUACAUGGAAGUGGAGAAGAUCCUGAAGAAGGCUGUGAAGUAAAUCAAGGGCGAACUAUCGCAGAAUCCGGCGUCGUAUGCCGUCGGGCUGCAUCGCAGCGGCGCUGCCGAACGGGACCAGUCCGCCUCAGCGGCCGCAGAAUGAAAUCAAAUGAAAUCAAAUGAAAUCAAAUGAAAU